UAUAAUACAACAACGUAGAAUACUAUGUGAUAUAGUAUAUGAUACUGAAAAGAAUUCUUCAAUUCUAUUUUAGACACCCCUUGAAAUCCCUAGUGGUAUAUCCAACUUUGGAUGGCAUUCUGGGUAACAUCCCGGAAGUUGGCGGUCGAUUUGAAGACAGAACCAGAGGUCGAUUUUAGCUCGUCAGUAGACAAAGAUGGCCAGAACCAAAAUUACAAGGAAGCGAGAGACCACAAGCACCAAAACAGUCACAAGCGGUCGAGUUGAUGGACAUAGAAUUACUAGAGCAAAAUCCACGUCUUCCUCGUCUGGCCCAGACUCAGAGCCCAAUAAAAAGGGAGGGAACAGAAAACGUCAUAUGGCGUCAUCAGGGUCAGGAUCGUCACAUUCAACAUCAGCAACAACAGCAGCCAAGAGAAGCCGGCCCAAACAUCCUGUCCCAGCAGUUGAAUACAGAAAGAGGAGGAUAUCAGCAGUGGCCAUGAAGAAAUGGAAAUCCAUCAGUUCUGAGACUAAGUUGAUGACAUGGAAUAUCAUGGAUGCCGCAGUCACGUCUGUGCUGAGUAGCAUUAAGCCUGGACGACGGGGCUUCAAUGAAGUGCAAGAUCAACUCAACAACUUACGCGACGGGAUUUCUGAGCGCCUUAGCACAGUCAAAGCUCCUGCUAAGAAAGUGGACCACACUGCCAUCCAUGCUAAACGGAAAAUGAUUCGGGAAGACUUAAAAAUGCAGGAAGAACAACUGGCUGUCCUAGAGGCAGAGAUCAAGCGACUGGAAAAAGCUGUAUCAAAGAAGGAGAAAAAAGUAGAUAGACUGAAAUCUGCAGCAGAGACGGCUACAGAAAUUGAGCUCCACCCUAUCCUCGAAAAUCUUCCUGCACCCUGCCUAAACCUGCCUCCACUGACUACUGGUGACCAGUAUAGAAGCCAGGCUCCAACAGGAACUACUCCAGCUCACCUGCUCCAAAGUAUCAUCAAUUGAGACUGAACAUGGAUUAUUUCUAUCAAAGAUAUAUACAAGGAUGUCAGGACCUUUUUACUAAACUGGCCAAACAUCUAGUAUUGUUAAAACAGUAACAUCUGUGUUGUAGGAUUUUUGCACCACAACAUCCAUCUUUGUAAAUACAUGUACAUAACAAAGUCAAAGAAAUAAGUGAGCCAUGAACUUUGUUUCAGAAUUGUUUAGUUUCAACAGCAACAACAACAACAACAACUGGUUCAGGUUUGUUAAACCUUCAACAGCACCAUUCAUGCUAAUUAUGUGUACAUAUAUCUGAUUCUAAUAGUGAUACUUGAACACAUACAGUGUACCUGGAUACUGUGUUUUAUCAUGGCAUGCAUCUGCAGUGUAUUUCUAUUCAUGAUACCUGAGCUGAAAUCUUAGACAAACAUGCCUAACAGUCUUGAGAAGUUUGAUGGAAUGACUUUUGUGCAUACAAAGCAAGGAAGUAAUCAUGUGAUAUUACCAAGUUUUUAAAAGGUAUUGUUAUAGUAACAUAAUGAUAUUGAAGUACAUAAGUACAUGCAUAUACUUAAAAUACAAUGUUGUUAAAACAUUUCAAUGAUAAAAAAGUCAGAUUUAUAAACAAUGUACUGGCGAUAACAUUGUUUUCUAGCUUAUUACUUCAUUGUAUAUUGACAUAUUUUAGUACUACAUUUGUACACAAACUAGUAGUUAUAUAACAUGAACGUAUUACUUCAGAGUGCUUCUUUUUGUCAACUGAUACACGUACCUUUGUGUAUUUGGACCAUAGUAUAAACAUUGCAAAAAGCUUCUUUGGAAAGUUUGUUACUAUGACUAUCAGUGAGUUUCUCCUAGCUAGUUUUAAUCUCUUAACUCCAUAUUCCUAUUUAGAGGUCAUACUUUCCUAACUCCAACACCGACACCAAGUUAAUUUUACAUAAAAUCUAGUUUUAGACUCAAAAGUGAUCCCUUGAGCUCAGCACCUUUUGUGAGGCAACAAGAAUUUACGGUUGACUACUUGACCUCA